GUCUCCACCUUGCCAGCAACUUGUGGCGCUUCCGGCGGAAGUGGCGUGUGAAAGGUCGUCGUGUGGUGGGGGGGGUGUGCGAGAAAAGAGGAGGAGGUUGAGAAAGUGGCGCCAAGAUGGCGGCUGGGCCCAUCUCUGAGAGGAACCAAGAUGCCACAGUGUAUGUUGGAGGCUUGGACGAAAAGGUCAGCGAGCCUCUCCUGUGGGAGCUCUUCCUCCAAGCAGGCCCAGUUGUGAACACCCACAUGCCCAAAGACCGAGUCACGGGCCAGCACCAAGGCUAUGGAUUUGUGGAAUUCCUCAGUGAGGAGGAUGCUGAUUAUGCCAUCAAAAUCAUGAACAUGAUCAAACUCUAUGGGAAGCCAAUCCGGGUGAACAAGGCUUCGGCCCACAACAAGAACCUGGAUGUGGGUGCCAACAUCUUCAUUGGCAACCUGGACCCAGAGAUUGAUGAGAAGUUGCUUUACGACACGUUCAGUGCUUUUGGGGUCAUCCUGCAGACCCCCAAGAUCAUGCGUGACCCCGACACAGGCAACUCCAAGGGUUAUGCCUUCAUCAACUUUGCCAGCUUCGAUGCCUCGGACGCCGCCAUUGAGGCCAUGAAUGGACAGUACCUGUGCAACCGUCCCAUCACCGUCUCCUACGCCUUCAAGAAGGAUUCCAAGGGGGAGAGGCAUGGCUCGGCUGCUGAGCGUCUCCUGGCUGCGCAGAACCCCCUCUCGCAGGCCGACCGGCCUCACCAGCUUUUCGCAGACGCACCUCCCCCGCCAUCUGUGCCAACCCCAGUCGUUACCACCAUGGGGCCAGGCGUCACCCCGCCAGGCAUCCCGCCGCCUGGGUCGUUCCCUCCACCGGUGCCGCCGCCAGGAGCCAUGCCCCCGGGAAUGCCUCCAGCGAUGCCCCCACCGCCCAUGCCGCCUGGUGCUGGUGCCCCAGGGCCGCCGUCUGGAGGGGCUCCUGGAGGAGCACAUCCUCCCCAUCCACAUCCUUUCCCUCCCGGUGGGAUGCAUCCAGGAAUGCCCCAGAUGCAGGUGCAUCACGGAAUGCCCGGGAUGGGCCCUCAUCACCCAGGGCCACCAGGUGCAGGAGGCCAACCACCCCCCCGCCCGCCUCCGGGCAUGCCCCACCCUGGGCCCCCACCCAUGGGCAUGCCCCCCAGGGGGCCUCACUUUGGAUCGCCGAUGGGUCACCCUGGCCCCAUGCCCCCUCACGGGAUGCGUGGGCCUCCUCCCUUGAUGCCACCCCACGGAUACAAUGGUCCCCCCCGGCCCCCUCCCUACGGCUACCAGCGCAUCCCUCUUCCACCUCGCCCCACCCAGAGACCCAUGGUACCUCCCCGAGGGCCCAUGCGGGGGCCUCUUCCCCCUUAGGCAAGACAACGCCACAGGCCGGCAUCAAAAAAUGGAUCCCUCUGAUCCGUCUUUUCUUUUGUUUUCUCUUUGGACAAACAUUCCAGCGAUUCGUGUCUCACUCCCUCUGCGUGGAAGGCGCCUGCCAUCUGCCUUGGCACCCUGAAGGGUUUGGCUUAUCCGUCAUGUUGUUGGGUUUUAUUUAGCUCCAUUGCCUCCUAGAAGAUGGAACAGGUUUUUACAUUGCUUUUUUUAUUAUUAUAAUUUCUUUUUGUGAAACCCAAUUUAGUGAUGCAAUUUGCAAAUAAAAGUCUGGGAAGAUGCUCUCAGGA